GCCACUGGUCCGCCAACCUCCAUCCAGCAAUUGCGUUUCCCCAUGUUCACCUCCGUUCGGUCCUUCGUUGUCGGCUUCGCUGCGCCGCUUCGCGUGGCCAGUAACCGCCAGAUCAACCGCAAGCUCAAGCACCCUGCGACGCUGCGCAAGAUCGCGCGUAAGGAAGCCGAGAACCCGGUGGAACUGGUACUCCCGCCCUUGAAGUUCCAGCCCACGUACGUUCCCGAGAAGGUGAGCUUCAACGGAUGGUCCCCUGCGCGCGAGGAAGGGCCGUUGGAAGGCAUUCCGUUCACUGUGAAGCGCACCGCGACCGGAUUGCAACUGCCCGUGUACCGAGACUACCGCAACGGCCGGACGCGCAUCAUCACGAUUGUCCGUCGCUACCACGGCGACGAAGCGGAGCUGCAGAACGAACUGUCCAUCGUGUGCCAAGGCAAGACCGUCGUGAGCCGACCUGGUCGAUUGGAAGUUGUGGGAGAUUACUCCGCCGAGAUCAAACAGUAUUUUACCGGGUUGGGCUUUUAAGCUGACUACAUAUACGAAACCCACGUCGUCC